AUGCUCCUGCUCAAGAAAAGAACCACCCCCUCCCAAAAGGUGACGUGGCAGUGGAAGCCCAUCGUUUCAUCUGCCCGGCCAGACGACCUGAAAAUCUACCACUGGGUUAAAGUGGUGGACGGCAAGGUUCCGGAGGAGGACUAUUCGUUUGCCAAGUACAACAAGCCACCUCAAGUGCUAAGGUAUACGGACGAGGAAUACAAGAGUCUGGUUUACCACCCUCGCUGGUCCCGGGAAGAAACAGACGCACUUAUGGAUAUCUGCACCCGAUUCGGGCCGCGUUUCAUCGUCGUCGCUGACCGUUACAACACCGGCGUGGAGCGUUACAACGAGAGCAUUGACCGUGGGACGGCAGGAGGGGCGGCAGGAGGGGCGGCAGGAGGGGCUGCAAGAGGGGCGGCAGGGGUUGGAGCUUCUGUAACAAAGGCUGGGGAACCAAGGUCAAGUGCGGUAAAGAGGAAAGAAAGGACGGUGGAGGAGAUUAAAGAGCGGUACUAUGAUGUUACCAAGAAGCUCCUUGCUUCACGAGCAGCAGCAGGAGAGGAGGUGCCCAUGGGUCUACUGCCAAAGGAUGGUUACAACAUGCGUGCUGAGGUGGAGCGCAAGACCCUGCUGGCUGCACAGCUGGCGCUGACUAGGCGCCAGCUGGCAGAGGAGGAGAAGGUGCUGGCAGAGGCGGAGAGAAUCCUUAAAGCCCGGGGGUGGAGUGACGAGCAACUGAAAGAGCACAAGGAGAGAUUGCAGUCGAGGGAGAGGGAGAGGGAGGAGAAAGAGAGGGAGGAGAGGGAGAGAGGGGAGCGGGAGAGAGAGGAGAGGGAGAGGGAGAGGGAGAGGGAGGAGAGGGAGGAACGGGCGAGGGAGAGGGAGAGGGAGGCGGGAGAGAGGGAGGUGGAGGCACGGAGGCGGCAGGCAAAGCAGCAAACUGUGAAGCUGGUGAGUAGGAGGGCAAAGCUGGUGAAUAGGAGGGCAAAGCUGGCCUCCAUUCCCCCAUCCCCCACCCUCUCCUCUCGAGCACCACCAGCAGUAGCAGUCACUCCUCUGCAAGACUCCCACGUGGCACCUCCAACUGUGCCCGCAUCAGCGUCCACGUCAGCAGCUGCCCAUGCUGACGUGGUGCCAGCUCAUGCGCCUGAGCGAACACGUCAGCAUGCGGUGUCAGCAGGAGGGGGAGGGUCCCGGGGCGCCCUUGCUGCUCCGGUGUCAGCCCAGGCUGGCAAUGCGAGAGUGCCGCGUGUGUUCGUGAGAGGUCCCCGUCUGGCGUCCACCCUGCUCGCCUCCACCACCACAGCUGGCGCCCGAAUGGCCAAGCGCAUCGAAAACACGCUUCAAGAGCUGGGGGUGCCCCUAGCACCCCGCGUGCCCACGCGGGAGGUGUGUGCGGAGUACGUGGCGCUGAGGAAAGAGGUGGUUGCGCUGCUGAACCUGCAGAAAAAGGUUCAUUGGAAGGAAAACGAGCUUACUCUUUUAAAGGAGAGCCUUCAAAAGGAGACAGGGGGAGGGGGGGGCGGAGGGGGGGGAAAGGGUGUUGCAGGAGGGGGGAAGGGAGUGGCUGGGGUAGGGAAGGGGGUGUCUGGGGGGGCUAAGGGCGCAGGAGGGUCAACAGGGGGAAGCAAAGGGAGUGGGAAAGGGGGAGGGGGAGGAGGAACAGUGAAGGGGGGGGGAGGAGGAGGAGGAGGAGGAGGAGGAGGAGGAGGAGGAGGAGGAGGAGGAGGAGGGGGAGGAGGAGGAGGAGGAGGGGUGGGGGGAGGGGGAACAGAGAAAGGGGGAGGAGGAGGAGUGCAAACAGCUGCUCCAGCAGCAUCAGUGUCGGUCGCAGGAGCAGCAACACACCAAAAGCACCACGACUCGUCCACCCUUGCACCCCUUUCCAGAGCCUACCGAGGCUCAGGUUCGGAAUCAGCUUCGGCGCUGCCUGUGUCAUCGUCUGCUGUUGCAUCAGGCUCGGGUUCCGGUGCUGCUACCACACCACGGCCUGAAGUCGGGAGAAAGCGCCAGGCAGGGUGGAGGGUUGCUGGACCCAGAAACACCGUGCCUGCUGCUUUUGAGGCGCCUCAAAAGCCAGGCAGGGUGCAGUGGGGGUAUGGGGCUGGGGUGGGGCUGGGGCGGGGCUGGGUUGGGGCUGGGGUGGGGCUGGGGUGGGGCUGGGGCGGGGCUGGGGCGGGGCUGGGGCUAGGGUCCUAG